CGCUCCGUACACGCACACACCCCAUGCACACCAGUAGCAGGUGAAGUGAGGUGAACCAUAGAGGCACCCCCCCUUCGUUCCUCUUGCGUCGCGUCGCGUCCCAUCGCAUGGCAGCACUAUCUAGCUGAUCCAAGUCUCUCCGCGAAAAAUGCGGGUCAAAAUGCUCCACGCGGUGGUUACCACCGGCUUCGCGAGUCCCGCCAACAUCCAUCCGCGCAGCGCCCUCCGCCAGCUCCCCCUCUUCACCCGCCCCCUCUCUUCCGCCAACCCGGCGGAUCUUGAGGCGCAUCACAGGCAGGCCGCCCGCCCCCCUUCCGCAACUAGCGAGCGCACCGAUGCGCAACCACGCGCAGCGCGCUCUGCGGGCAGUAGCGCUAGUUACGGUGGCGGCGGCGGCGGCGGUGGGGGAGGUAACGGUAAGCAGAAUCCCAAUCGCGCGCGUCGUGGUGGCGGCGGUGGUUCCUCGCCGUCCGAACUGUUCGGUUACCAGAUCGGCCGCGAAGGGCGGCGAUUCGGACAGCCAGUAGUGGAGCGCAAGGGGCGCACGAUCGACGAGCGGAAAGGCGCAGAGUCCCACGCGCCCCCUCCCCCUUUCCCCAGGCGCAAGGGGCCUGGUGGAACAGACGGCAGCGGCGGAAGGGGCCCCGCGGACGGUGUUAGUCGGGGGAGAAAACAAGCGCAGUCUUUCCGCCAGGGGCGGCUAGCGGGGAGGGAUGGGAGUGACUCGGAGGAGGACGAUGAUGACGUGUACGAUGACAUGGAUGACGUGGCAGACAUGGAGGCGGACCUUCUCCCCGGAAUCCCGCGCAACCCACUGCCCAGGAGCGCGCGCGAGAGGGGUUUCGGCGGAGAAGGCGCGUUCGGCGGAAGCCCCAGCGCUGGUGCGCCCGCUGGCGGGGGGAGUGCGCCUGGCGUGGGAAGGGGAAUGGCGGGGGAGGCGGAAGCGGAGGGGGAGGCGGAAGGGGAAUCCGGAGCGGGGACGAGCUGGAUCUUGAAUGACGUGGAGAUGGAUGAUACGUCCAUGUUCGCUGUAGUCACUCUGAAAUCCGCUGUUCUGGACCCUGCAGUGCUGGAUUUAUCUCCAGCGGGAUUCGAACCCGCGCCUCCAAGGAGCAGCAGUGGUGGCGAAGACAGCUGGAGCAGAGGUAAUGUGGGCGAGAGUAAGUGGAGACAGGAGGAACAACAGAGGGCAGAAGGGCCAAAGACAGGAGUGGAGACAGGAGGGGCAACGAGAGGAGGGGCAGAGGUAGCAAGGGUGGGGAUGAGAGCAGAAUCUGCCACAGGUGCAGCAGGAGCAGCAGCAGCAGCAGCAGCAGGAGCGGCAUUGGAAGAGGGGGAUGGGGCGGAAGAGAAAGAGGAGGAGGAGGAGGGGGAGCGGUUGGUGCCGGAGCAGUGGCGGUGGGUGCAGGAGGAGCUGAGCAAGACAAAGAAGGUGAAGAAGAAGGAGAGGCUGGAUGAGGAGAGGACGCACGCACAGGCUAAAGUCGCCGCCAGACGCGCCAACGCCGCCGCCACUGCUGCUGCUUAUGGUGGUGCUGCUGGUGCUGGUGCUGCUGGUGCUGCUGGUGCUGCUGGUGCUGCUGGUGCCAAAGCUGUUUCUGGUGCCGCUGGGGGGUCGGGGGAUGCGAGUGCAUUUGGUAUUGGGGCAGGGGCCAGCUGGCCGGUUGGGAGAUCAGGGGAGAGCAGAGACGCAGAAGAGGUGGGUUCAGAUGCAGGAGUAGGGAAGGCGGGGGAGGUGCAGGAGGAGGCAGAGGAGGAGGAGGAGGACUGGGGUUGGUUGGAGGAUGCUCUAGAAGAUACGAGCCUGGAUGAUGUGAAUCUGGGUAAACGAGCAGCAGGGGCAGCAUCAGCAUCAGCAUUAGCAUCAACACCAGCAGCUGCGGCAGCAACAGCAGAGGGGCAGCAGCGACCCCCAUCGGCCAAUGUGGUUAUGACCUCCUCUCCCAAGUGGGUGUCGCUGCACACUAUGGCAGCAACGGGUCAGACGCCCUUUGUCUCGCAUCUCCUUGCCAGCGGCGCUGCCGUCGAUGCACUUGAUGCC